CGGUGACGGGACUCAUCCAUCUUGGCUAGAAUGGGAUGGUUUAACUACUCAGCCCUCAUCCAUCUUCGUGGUCUCUCAUGGCGGCAGCGGGCGGUGGCGGUCGAGAGGAUCCGACGUCGGAGGUCGGAAAGCAGGGUCGGCUGGCGAUGAUGGAGCUCGCCAACAUGAUCUCCGUCCCCAUGGCGCUAAACGCCGUCGUCCGCCUCAACGUCCCCGACGCCAUCUGGCAGUCCGGAUCUAACUCCCCCCUCACCGCAGCCGAGAUCCUCGCCCUCCUCCGCCCCCCGCCGCCCUCUUCCUCCGACCCGUCCGUCCUCCAGCGCCUCCUCCGCCUCCUCGCCAGCCACGGCGUCUUCGCCGAGAACCGCUGCGCCACCUCCGGCGCUCGCCGCUACUCCCUCACCGACGUCGGCCGCACCCUCGUCCCCUCCGGCGACGGCGCCUCCUACGCCGCCUACGUGCUGCAGCACCACCAGGACGCGCUGGUCCGCGCGUGGCCGCGGCUCCACGAGGCCGUCCUCGACCCGGCCGGGCCGGAGCCCUUCGCCCGCGCCAACGGCGGGGUGCCCGCCUACGCCUACUACGGCGGCGACCGCGAGGCCAACGCCCUGAUGCAGCGAGCCAUGUGGGGGGUGUCGGAACCCUUCAUGGAGGCGCUCCUCGACGGGUACGGCUCCGCCGGGUUCGGGAGCGUGGAAACCCUCGUCGACGUCGGCGGCAGCUCCGGCGCCUGCCUCGACAUGAUCAUGCGACGCUUCCCCUCCGUCAAGCGCGGCAUCAACUUCGAUCUGCCAGAGGUGGUCGCCGAGGCGCCGCCGUUGGCCGGGGUGACGCAUGUGGGUGGGAACAUGUUCGAAUCCAUUCCCACUGGCGAUGCCAUCUUCAUGAAGUGGGUGCUGACGACAUGGACGGACGAGGAGUGCACGGCGAUACUGAGGAACUGUUACAACGCGCUGCCAGAGGGCGGGAAGGUGAUCGCUUGUGAGCCGGUGCUACCGGUGGAGACCGACAACAGCCGGAGGACGCGGGCGCUGCUGGAGGGCGACAUCUUUGUGAUGGCGAUCUACCGGACGCUGGGAAGAGAACGCACCGAGGAGGAGUUCCGACAGCUUGGCGGCGUCGUCGGAUUCACCGCCUUUAGGGCCAUCUACUUGGACCCGUUCUACGCCGUGGUUGAGUACCAAAAGUGAACCCGAGUUGGUUCCACUUCGUUCGAUGAACACUCUUAGUAACCCAGUUCCAGCAUUAGCUUUAAUAAUAAUAAUAAUUUAUCUGAAAAAUAUUAUUGAUGUCUUAAUUAACCCGAUGUGAUUCAGACUA